AUGGGUUGUGGCCGUGGGUCCUUGCAGCAGCGAGUGUCGGAACCUGCCCUGACCUCCAGCAGCGCGCUGGAUCCUUCUGACAUCCAGGUGCUACACCUGGCCAAUGUUGCCGAGGGCAAGGCACGACGUAGCAGCAAGCAACCAGCUUUGGCAGGACCUGUCUUAGUGGACGAUCCGAAAGCGAAAGAAGCAGGGCGUCCACCGCCGACGGUGUACCAGCCCGAGGUGAAGCCUCGAGUGGAUUGCUGGCGGCCAGGGGAAGCGGGGCGCCGCGCUUCCCAGCAAGGCAAAGAUCUACCGGCCGAUGCUGUUGCAAAGCCAGAGGAACGAAGCCGCAGAACCUCUCAACUCCGCACCCCCGAAGCCGCGCCGGCUCCUCGGUCUGGAACCAGGCCGGAGCCCCAACGGCGAGCCGAGUCCGCGCCGCCGGGGGCACCUGCAGCGGCCGUGGCGCCGCGGAAAGCCGCGCCUUCCACGCCGACUGCGAGGCCCUCGUGGCGUGGUGCUGGAGCCACACCCAUGCCAAAGAAGGAGCCUGCCCGAAGGACCUCUGCGAAGGGCAAGGGCAAGGGCCCUUCAAAGCCAGAAGAAAAGCUGGACCUGGACGAGCACGAGAAGGCACUGCUCAGUGAAGUGCUGGACAGAUCGCCUGGGGUCUCCUGGGAGGCGAUUGCAGGCCUGGACGAGGUCAAGCGGCUGUUCUACGAGAUUGUGGUGGCUCCGGUCAAGAAUCCACUGCUGUUUUCCGGAGUGAGGAGCCCGCCAAAAGGCGUGCUGCUGUUUGGACCCCCUGGAAACGGGAAGACGAUGCUGGCCAAGGCCGUUGCAAGUGAGUGCAAUGCCACCUUCUUCAGCAUCUCCGCUUCCUCUUUGACUUCCAAGUGGGUUGGUGAGUCGGAGAAGCAGAUGCGAGCUCUCUUUAGCCUCGCCAGGAAAAUGCAGCCUGCAGUCAUCUUCAUGGAUGAGAUUGAUUCCAUGCUCACAAGCCGGUCUGCCGGUGAGCAUGAGGCGGCGAGACGCCUGAAGACAGAAUUCCUUGUACAGUUGGAUGGUGCUGCUUCAGGCGGUGACGACCGAGUUCUAGUACUGGGAGCUACCAACAGGCCAAGUGAAUUGGAUGAUGCCGUUCUUCGGCGUCUCCCCAGGCGAAUACUCAUACCUCUGCCAGAUCCCACAACAAGGAGUGCGCUUGUCAGCAAGGAGUUGCACGGAGCCAGGCACAACUUGACCAGUGCUGACUUCACAAGGCUUGCCAGCAUGACCGAAGGCUACUCCUGCUCUGACCUUGCGGCGUUGACGCGGGAGGCUGCGAUGGGUCCUGUUCGAGGUCUGCGUCCGGAGGCCAUGGUGUCCGCCACACCGGAUGGUAUACGAGCCAUCGUUCUGACGGAUUUUCAAGCCGCGAUCCACAAGGUGAAACCAAGCCUUUCAAAGGAAGCGCUGUCGGAGUUUCACAGGUGGAAUCGAGCUUUUGGCAGCAAUUGA